GCAGGGGCGGACUGACCAUUUGGAAACUCUGGCACUGCCUGAGGGCCCGGGGUCAGUAGGGGGCCCCAUGAGAUGCGCCUGGUACCUUUUUCAUAGGCUUUUUUGAGUUUGGGCAAGGACACAGGGGCCCCAUGAUUCCCUAUUGCUCAGGGGCCCCAUGAGUUGUCAGUCCACCCCUGUCCCUAAGUGUCAUCCUGUACAAUGCAGAGCUAUUAACCCGGUACUAUGUGGUAGGGGGCCGGGGUUCAGUAGGGGGCCCCAUGAGAUGCCCCUGGUACCUUUCAUAGGCUUUUUUGGUUUGGGCAAGGACACAAGGGCCCCAUGAUCCCCUAUUGCCCGGGGGCCCCAU